AUGGCCAGACCCUGGCAGGCCCCACGGCUCCUACUGACCAUCCUGGUGGCCCUGGUGGCCGUCACCUAUCAGGGUCGGAGAAAAACCCUCAUGAGUAUCCAAGAAGUCUCUGCAGUGGAGGAACCUGUGGCAGGGACUUUGCGGUACGUCAUCAAGGAGUACAACAAGCAGAGCGAAGACAAGUACAGCUUCAGGAUCCUCCGGGUCCUGAAGAUCCUGAAAAAGGUGACAGAUCACUUGGAAUUUCACAUGAACUUGGAGAUGCAGAGGACCACGUGCUUAAGGGCAAAUGACAGCAACUGUGACUUCCAGACAGGCGAGCUCUACAAGCAAAUCCAGUGUCUCUUCGUCGUCGUUGUUGACCCUUGGCUGGAAAAGUACAAAAUUGUGAACAAAAACUGCAGCAGUGUCUGA